AUGAGGAAAGCUGUCAGUGCACCUGAGUUUUUGCCUGUCCAGGAAGGUCUUGACUCGCAUCCGCAGCACCAGCAGGAACAUGCAUGGGAAUUGGCAUUUUGUACAUGGCGGGUACAAGUGAGUGCCGCACCCCUGAAGGCAUGGCAGGCAGACCAAGGACAAGAGCUUCGUCUCCUCAAGCUGCAGCAGAAGAAGCCCCAGCAUGUCUUCUCUGCAACUUGCGAGUGUGUGGGUGGGAAGGAAAUAGUCAUCGUCUUCAGUGAUAUUGGUCAAAGAGAGGCCUCUUCCCAGGCUUUCUUCCAGUUGAUGUACCAAGGAGUGCAGAAGAGCAUUUCUAACCAAGCAUUCUCCUCUGUUGUGUUAUAUGUCCUUCCUUCUUCAGUGAGCACGAUUGACAAAGAAACCUGCAUUUCCCGAAGAAGCACCAGUGUGCGCAAGGAUGGAGACGUGGUGAUUGGGUGUUUCUUGUAUCUUUAUUUCUAUAUCUACUAUAGUGGUAUGAUUGAUAUACAGCCUUCUAGAGAAUUCCACUUCAUUCAGCUUACACCUAGCACUUACCAGAAUUACCUGGCCUUCAUUUUUGCAAUAGAUGAGAUCAACAGGAAUCCUCAUCUUUUACCCAACGUUUCUCUGGGCUAUGAGUUCCAUAAUUUCAUUAGUAGCCAUUGGAGGAUACUAGAGAAUUCCUUCAUUGUGCUCACAGGACAACAUGAGAUUCCUAAUUACAUUUGUAGGAGAGAGCACAAGUGUGUGGCAGCACUGACAGAAAUGUCAUGGGAAACCUCAGCUCAGAUUGGACCACUGCUGGAGCUCUACAGAUUUCCACAGGUUACCUUUGGCUCAUUUGAUCCUACACUGAUGGACAGUGGCCAGUAUCCUUCUUUCCAUCAGGUGGCCCCAAAGGACACAUAUUUGGCCUUUGCCAUGGUGUCCUUGAUGCUUCAUUUCCAGUGGACCUGGGUGGGCUUGCUCAUCACAGAGAGCCAUAAGGGUCUUCAGUUUCUCUCGGAUUUAAGAGCUGAGAUGGACAGGAACAGAAUCUGUGCAGCCUUUGUGAACAUGGUGUCAACUAUGGCUGUGUCUUAUCACCCAGCUGGAAAGAAAGAUGACAUCCUGACUGCAGAGAUGUCAUCUGCCAAUGUGGUGGUAAUUUACUGUGACACUGAUAGUGCAAAUGAUAUAAACUACAGCAUAGUGCAGAACUUAGUGACAUGGAAAGUCUGGGUGACAAACUCACGAUGGCAUGCUGACCUGGUUGGGAGAGAUUUCAUCAGUGACCCAUUUCAUGGGAUUCUUGCUUUUUCACACCAUCACGAAGAGAUUUCAGGUUUCAAAGAUUUUGUCCAGGAAGCUACCCCUCUCAAAUACCCGGAGGACACUUACCUUGUUAUGUAUUGGUCUGAGAAUUUUGAAUGCUCAUUCUCUGAGUCUGACUGUGCCUUGAAGAACUGUACCCCUAAUGCCUCUCUGGCUUGGUUGCCUGUGAAUAGGUUUGAAACAGCCAUGAGUGAUAGGAGCUACAAUAUAUACAAUGCUGUGUAUGCUGUGGCCCAUGCCCUCCAUGCCACACUUUUUGAAGAAGUACAAAGGCCACCAUUCAGAAAUACACAAGUGAUGAUGUUUCCCCCCUGGAAGCUGCAUCUCUUUCUGAAGAAUAUUCAGUUUUCCAAUCCUGUGGGGGACUUAGUGAAUUUGGAUGACAGACAGAAACUGGAUUCAGAGUAUGACAUUGUCAAUUUCUGGAAUUUUCCAGAAGGCCUUAGACUUAGGGUUAAAGUUGGCACAUUUUCUUCAAGAGCUCCACAUGGUCAUAAAAUGACUGUAUCUGAAGAUAUGAUCGAGUGGGCCACAGGAGAUACAGAGACUCCUCACUCAUUCUGCACAGAGAGUUGCAUUCCUGGCUUUAGGAAAAGUCCUCAGGAGGGAAAGGCUGCCUGCUGUUUUGAUUGCACCCCUUGUGUAGACAAGCAAAUAACCAAUGGCACAGAUAUGGAACAAUGUGUGAAGUGUCCUGAUGACCAAUAUGCUAACAGUCAGAGAAACCACUGCCUCGAAAAAUCUGUGACAUUUCUGACUUAUGAAGACCCCCUGGGGAAGGCUCUGGCUAGCACUGCUCUGAGUCUCACUGUCCUCACAGCUGCUGUCUUUGGGCUCUUUGUGAAGCACAGAGACACUCCCAUCGUCAAGGCCAACAACAGGGCUCUCAGCUACACCCUGCUCAUCUCCCUCACCUGCUGUUUCCUCUGUUCCUUGCUCUUCAUUGGCCGUCCCAACACAGCCUCCUGCAUCUUGCAGCAGACCACGUUUGCAGUUGUGUUCACUGUGGCUGUUUCCACUGUCUUGGCCAAAACCAUUACUGUGGUGCUGGCCUUUCAGGUCACUGCUCCAGGCAUAAGAAUGAGGCAAUUGCUGGUGUCAGGGGUACCAAACUCCAUCAUCCCCAUCUGCUCCCUGAUCCAACUCACUCUCUGUGGCAUCUGGAUGGGGACAAAUCCACCCUACAUUGACACAGAUGCUCACUCUGAACAUGAUCACAUCAUGAUCGUUUGCAACAAGGGCUCCUUCACCGCCUUCUACUGUGUCCUGGGAUACCUGGGCUCCCUGGCCCUGGUGAGCUUCACUGUGGCUUUCCUAGCCAGGAACCUGCCUGACACCUUCAAUGAAGCCAAGUUCCUGACGUUCAGUAUGCUGGUGUUCUGCAGCGUGUGGGUCACCUUCUUGCCCGUGUACCACAGCAGCAAGGGGAAGGCCAUGGUGGCCAUGGAGGCCUUCUCCAUUUUGGCCUCUAGUGCAGGGCUGCUCGGCUGCAUCUUUGUCCCUAAGUGCUAUAUCAUUUUGGCAAAACCAGAGAAAAUUUUUCUGACUGGGAUCAGAGACAAAACACAUUCUGUGAGAAAGAAGUCUUAUCACUGA